GAAAUGCUUUAUGGCAUUCAGACUGGCUUUGGAUCCCCGCAGAUACCAGUUGCCGAGAUCUUUGCCCGACCUGCCCCGUCGCUCGUCUCGCCGCAGAACCAAAAGCCGAAGAGCAACAACUAUUUGACCGUGCCCGACUCGGACUCGAUACGACCAAAGAGUGUGCCCUCGUCGCCGAUGGUGAAGCGGGCGUUCUCACGCCUUGGCACGAUCACCGCUGGCUGGGGCCGAUCCAUACGGAACAAGAACACGAACCAACUGAAUCCGGACGACAAAAAGAAGUGGAUCUCAUCAACAGAUUGUUCGAACAGAGAUAGCAAAGACAAGGACAAGGAUAAACCGGGCAGCAAUCAAUUGGCCGUGCCACGCCUCUCCGUUUGUGCCGACGCCCAAAAGGUGGACCGCGCCAAGCUGGCCCAAACGGAAUUCAACAUCAUCGAAUUCGAUCCGGAUACGUUUAGAGUGCUGCUCGACUAUCUGCAUACGGGCACCUGUCCACUGACCUGUGUCUCCAUACCAGGUUUACUGUGUGCCGCGGAACAUUACGAUCUGCCGGAGCUGCUGCAGGCAUGCUUCCAUCAUUGCAAGCAGUUCCUGCGCAUCGAGGUCGUCUGUCCGAUGCUGAUAUCGCUGGAGAACUACUACUGGCGCUACACAUCCGCCUCAGAGCUGGUCAACAUGAUAUUGUCGUUCGUGGAGAGCAAGGCGCACUCUCUGUUCAAGUGCCCGGAGUUUCUCAAUCUGUCCGAGUCGAUGGUGCAGAUGAUAAUGUGCCGUGAGCUGCAGACGCCUGAGAUACGCAAAUUCGAGGCGAUGCUGGCCUGGGCCCAGCACAAGGUGGCCAAACUGAAGAAUCAUCCCAACAAGGAUACACAGUUCGAGUUCGAGUGCAUCAUGGAGAGAUUGACGCGCGACCUGAACCUGUGCCGCAUCUCGCCCAGCGAACUGCUCACCGUAGUGCUGCCAUCGAAAUCGAUGAAAAACGAACGGAUCAUGGAGACGCUCAUGGUGCAGGUGAAUCUGGGCACCUAUCGGAUGCCCGAGCUGGAUGCGUACCGCCAGCAGUUGCGUCAGCAAGAGUCCGCCGAGGCCAACGUGCAAGUCCAUCGGGGUGGAUGAGACAGUAAGAAUGUGAGUCAAUUGGAUGCGCGCGCCUAUGCCAUGGCCUCCGUUGCCGUUGCCCUUGAACAUCAGCAGCAACUGCAGCAACAGAAACAACAGCAGCAGCAACAACAACAGCAACAGCAGCAGCAGCAACAGCAGCAGCAGCAACAACAGCAGACGCCUCGGGAUGCCACCGACGAUGAGGUGGAGCUGUAUGCCAGCUUCGAUAUGGCGCCCAGCACCAGUCGCGUCGCCGCCCAAAUGCAGGCGGCCAAGGAGGCCAGGCGGAAGCGCUGGGCCGCCGACGGAGCCAGCGGCAGCAGCGACGGUGGCUGCGCCAGUGGCAGCAGCGGCAGCGGUCGGCGUUACUAA